UACUUUUAAUAAGUUUGCAGAAUAAUCAAUAUCAUACUUGAAGAUUGGUCUAUUAUUGAGAUGGAGAAUUUCGUUUCGCUUUCACAAUCUGGAUUGUUUGUUUAUUUACUUUGAUCAAUGUCCUGUUAAUUCGGCGACACAAUGUAUCGUCAGAUUUCUGUUGUGUUUCGAUAUUUCAUCGUGACCUUCUUAGUAGCCGAACUUAUACUAUUCAAUUGUGCUUUAUUCUAUGCAUAUUUCAUGAUCAAAGGAGCUCUGACGUCUUUCAGCAAUACAAACGGAGGAUUUAUUGAUAAAAUAUCAACAAACCCAUCAAUAAAAUCAUUACUCGAAGCUGGCAAGGAUGGAGGCCUUUCAAAAUUGCUUGAAGAAACAGUUGAACGGGUAUUUUUAAUUAGUUACCCGAAAAACGAGCAAGAUGAUAUGCCAAAGUUAACAUUCUUAGGUGUUGAUAUGUCAAAUGCCGGCGAAUUUGGGUUCGUCUAUCGCCGUAUACAAACUUCAAACUUUAAGCAGAAUCGUCUCGUUAUUGACAUCGGCGCCAACGAUGGUCUUAUUUCUAGUAACUCUUUCAAUUUGAUUCAACUCGGCUGGAAUGCUAUCCUUGUCGAACCAGUGCCUUCUCAGAUGGAUUUAGCCAAAAGCAACACUCGCAGGUUUGUUAGAAGUAAGAAAUAUCAGAAUGUCACCUAUGUGGAAGCAGCUAUUGGACAGCGAGAUGGGUUUUCAGAAUUUGUUAUCACAGAUGACCUUGGAACUAUGCAGAACCAUCUUGCUUCAAGUCACCACAGUGUAGGAGUUGGGAGAAAGUCAACUAUUCAAGUUAAAUGCUUCAGUGUAAAGACAUUUGUUUCUAAGUACAAUGUUCCCAAGAAGUUUGGUGUUUUGUCUAUAGAUGCUGAAGGUACUGGAGACAAGAUCUUAAAGCAGUUCAUUAAACUUGGCUUCCGCCCAACCUACAUUAUCUAUGAGGCUCUGCAUAACUCUGAACCAAUCUUAGAAACCAUGGAUUAUCUCCAUCAGAAUGGAUACUUUCCACAGAGUAAACGAGGAUGGAAUUAUAUCUUUGAAUACCAAUUUUGAAUAGUUCAAGUUAAAUAAAAAUAGCUGUGGAAGAGAGAGUGAUGAAAAAAAAACAAAAUUCAAUGUUUGAUGGGGAAUACAGUUACACACACGCAUGCACACACACAUGUAUACACAUAUAUAGACACACACACACACGCAUAUAUAUGUAUGUAUAUGUGUGUGUGUAUAUGUAUUCAUCAUCAUCAUUUAGCAUCUGCUUUUCAUGCUGGCAUGGGUUAGACAGUUUGACUGAAACUGGUAAGCUGGAGAGCUGCACCAGUUUCCUAUCUGAUUUGCCAUGGUUUCUGCAGCUGGAUGCUCUUCCUAAUUCCAACAACUGCAAGAGUGUAAUGGGUGCGUUUUAUGUGCCACUGGCAUGGAUGCCAGUUAUGUGAAACCAGCAUGGCCACAACUGCGAUUUCACUUGGCUUUACGAGUCUUCUCAAGCAUGCCAUAUUGCCAAAGGUCUUGGUCACUUGUCAUCACCUCCGUUUGAAGAUCAUGUUUCACCGCCUUGUCCCAUGUCUUUCUGGUUCCCUCCACAAUUAGAGAUCGACAAUUCUUUACACAACAGUCCUCGUCCAUAUGCAUCACAUGACCAUACCAGCACAGUCAUCUCUCUUGCACACCACAUCUGGUGCCUGUUAUGCCCAACUUUUCUCUCAAGAUGCUUACAUUCUGUUGUACAUAUACUGACGUUGCACAACCAGCGAAGCAUACUAGCUUCAUUUCUUUCAAGCCUAGGCAUGUCUUUGAGUGGUCACAGCCCAUGUUUCACUUCUGUUUGCACACAGCCAUCAUACAAUCUGCCUUUCACUCAAAAGGGAGGCUCUUCAUUACUAAUAGAGGUAGGACCUCUCUGAACUUCACCCAGCCUGUAUAAAUGUAUGUGUAUAUAUAUAUAUAUAUAUAUAUAUAUAUAUAUAUAUAUUACACGUGUAUAAGGGAUGACCACUAGGUGGACAUCCAAUAUGCUAGAAAGAGGUCAUCAACGACCAAACCACAAAGAAAAAUAAUGUUCAGUGGUCAUCCCUUAUACACGUGUAAUACAAUUUUUUCUGAAUUUUCAGAUUUUUUUAUAUGCUAGGCCACUUGGUUUUAAAUUGAAUUAAUAUUCAAUUUAUCACCCUGUCUAGAUAUAUAUAUAUAUUAUAUAGUAUAUAUAUAUAUCUACAUGACAAUGCUGGUGUGUUUACUUCCCUAUAAUUUAGCGGUUUAGCAAAGAAACCAGUAGAAUAAGUACUAGGCUUACAAAGAAUAAGUUCUGGGGUCAAUUUGUUCGACCAAAGGCAGUCCUCCUGCUUGGCUGCAGUCAAAUGACUGAAACAAAUGAAUAAAAAAGCUAAAAGAAAAAUAUAUAUAUAUAUAUAUAUAUAUACACACACACACACACACAUGCAUGCGCAUACACAUAGCACACACACAACAUAAUUUCUGAACUAUGCAAUGGAAUGAGCUCUAGAUUAUAAUUUUUAUCUGUAUGACAUGCUUAACCCUUUUGUUAUCAACCCGGCUGAAACCGGCUCUGGCUCUGAGUACAAAUGUCUUGUUUUCAUAAGAUUUGAAUUAAAAUCUACCACCAAUCCUUAGUCACAAUUUAUGUUCCUAACACUAGCUGAAUGAUAACUUAAGUUAUUUUACUAAAUUCUUUGAAAGAAACACAGAGCACCUCAAAAAAAAAAAUACAGUAACAAAAUGGUUAAUGUAUGUAUAUAAUUGCAAUAUCAGAGCCUGCAGUGGUUAUCUUGUAGAAAGUUCCAUCUGUGUUAUGUUCUUGACACAAUAUUUCCAUAAAGAGAUCUUUCCUUGAGACAGUCCCAUUGCAGCCUCUUACUUUUCAUUGAUAUGCAUGUAUUAAGUAUGUCAUAUAAAUAAAGAGACCUAAAGUUCGUUU